AUGGAAAUGUUAACUGUCCAAAGUCCUGGCUUUAACGUGUACCCUGCUGAGAGCAGGAAGGCGGUGGCUGCAAAGAGGAUGAAAAAGUCCCUGGAGUCCAUCAACUCUAGGCUCCGACUUGUUAAGAAAAGUGGAAAGUACAUGCUGGGGUACAAGCAGACUCUGAAAACGAUCAGACAAGGCAAAGCGAAACUGGUCAUCCUCGCCAACAACUGCCCAGCCUUGAGGAAAUCUGAAAUAGAGUACUACGCCAUGUUGGCCAAGACUGGUGUCCAUCACUACAGUGGCAAUAAUCUUGAAUUGGGCACAACGUGUGGAAAAUAUUGCAGAGUAUGCACACUGGCUAUCAUUGAGCCAGGUGAUUCCGAUAUCAUUAGAAGCAUGCCAGAACAGACUGGUUAAAAGUAAAUCAUGCAAAUUUUUUUCUUUAAUAAAACUG